UACUUACAUAAAUAAGAAACCUUGUUUAGUUUUGAAAUGAGCGCUGGGAUUUAGGGUCGUAUAAAUGUCCGCCGAAUUAUUUGGAAGGUUUUAAAGUUCGUACAGGUCUGAAAGCGGCAAAAAAUGAGUGAAGUCGAAGAAGACGAGGGAGUUCGCUUACAAGUGGCAGAAGAAGCUGUGCGUAUCGUGAGGCGAUUUAACGUGGCAAAGGACAAAGACGAACGUCAGAAAAAGAUUAUUGAGUUAUGUACUGACAUUGCUGGAAUACUUGAUGCAAAACGACGAUUGGAAGAUUUGGUUGAAAAGCAAAGAGCCGAACUCAAAGAACUUCGUCAGCAAACCGGCUCAGCCAAUACCACCUCGACAUCAGGACGAGGCUCAUUAACCCCCGAAAACGCUCACGAUUCGUCAUCCACGCCGCAAUUUUCUUACACUCCCUCGUCAGGACGAGGCACUGCACUGUGUCACAGGGGCACAGAUCCAUUGUAUGAAUGGCCAGAAAGGGCUGGUACAUCUACUUGCACCCGGUCCACUAGCCCUCUGUCGUUCCCAGACCUCUUGGACAUGACGUCACCUGUAGAAACUCGCGAAAAUUUGACCAGUCAAGAACUAGGAGAAAAGACGGUUGAUGUGGACAAACCCGCCCGUGAAAAACAGGAAGAGUAUUCUUCCGACGAAGACAACCCUGGUAGAGAUGAACGCCAACAACAGACAAACAACAAGAGUGACGAGGGAUCAGAUGAGGCUGAUCAAAAACAACUUGCAGCAAAGGGCAAUGACGCGAAAAACGAACGGAUGAAUACAGUUCCAUUGAACGAGAAAUCUCCUGUAAACUCUGUGGAGGCGGACAAACCCGCCCGUGAAAAACAGGAAGAGUAUUCUUCCGACGAAGACAACCCUGGUAGAGAUGAACGCCAACAACAGACAAACAACAAGAGUGACGAGGGAUCAGAUGAGGCUGAUCAAAAACAACUUGCAGCAAAGGGCAAUGACGCGAAAAACGAACGAGCUUCACAACAGAAAAGUGUAGCCGCAAAGACCACUCCCCAGGCCUCCGCACGGUCUGGCAAGGCGGACCGUAUGACUGUUUUUAUACAAACCUGCUUCAGGAGCAAAUCAAAAGAAGCCCAGCUUAGAGCCUCAAACAAGAAUGCCGCUGACAAGCAUCAAAGUGAAUCGUCGUCAAGCAGCUGUGACAGUGAAGACGACGAGGAUUUGACGAGGAAGGUUAAACCUGAGCUGACAUCUGAGUAUUGGGACAUUCACAAACUGAUCAAAUUUCUAAAGGUGGGGAACCCUACUGCUACAGUUAUAGCGCUGUGUGCUCUCCGUGACGUCAGCAUAGAGCAAGAGUCGAGUCAGCUGGCGAUUCUGGAGCUGGGUGGAAUUGGCAUUCUCCUUAACAUCCUCAAAACAGAUAACUGGCCUUGUGUGGUUGGUUCCCUUAAAAUUCUGAGGGUAAUAACGAACACAAAAAGGAUAAAUACGGAGAUUUAUCGUCUGGGAGGUAUUCAGCAACUUAUCGAGUGCCUUCAACACAAAAUGAAGGAGGUUCAGUCCCUCGCGGCGGAGACUCUCAGUCACCUGGUGACAUUCCGCCUGGCUUACAGUUCUUUCAGACGAGGUGGAGGGAUCAAACAUUUGGUAAACAUUAUUCAACCCGAGAACAAAAGACGCGGCAGACCUCCACCCAAAGAUGAAGAAGACUUCCAGCUUACUUGCAAUGCUUGCAAGGCAUUAUGGAGUUGCAGUAAGAACCAAAAGAACAUCCAGGCCAUACGCGCGGCUGGUGCUGUGCCAAUACUCGCUUCCUUAUUGGUCAGGGGAAGGGAUGACGUCAUAUUACCCGCCAUGGGAAUUAUUCAGGAAUGCGCGAGCGAGCCCGCGUUUCGUGAGGAUAUCCGAAGGGAGGGGAUGGUGGAGGGAAUUGUCAAGCACCUGAAGAGAGGAGAUGUGGCCCUCAAGACACAGUGUGCGAAUGCUCUGUUCAAGUGUGCUGAGGAUGACUCUACACGUGAAUUGAUUUUCCGCUUCGGUGGCCUGGAACUACUUGUUCAAAUGCUGACGUCCAGGUCCUCAGAGGACAACCAACUCCUAGCGGCCACAGUUGGUGCUUUAUGGAAAUGCGCCUUAAACAAAAACAACGUAAGAAGGCUUGAGCAGUUUGGUGCAGUUAAAGCUUUGAUCUUACUAUUGAAGAACCCAGAACAGUCAAACGAGGUUCUAGCCAAUACUCUUGGUGCUAUUCACGAGUUUGCAUACAGUAAAAGAACCCUUUUGACUCUUAAGGAUGACAGAGUGAUUCCUAUUGUAGUGCGCGCGCUGAGCAUCACGGAAAGUGCUGUGCUUGUCAACGCGACUAGGCUCCUCGCGGUCUGUGCCAAGGAGGGCUCGUGCAGGGGUUCUGCGCUUUAUGGAGACAGCUGGCAGAGCUCAUUAUUAACGGAACUAAACUGUAGCUUAUACUUCUUUCAGGUAAACAUUAUUCAACCCGAGAACAAAAGACGCGGCAGACCUCCACCCAAAGAUGAAGAAGACUUCCAGCUUACUUGCAAUGCUUGCAAGGCAUUAUGGAGUUGCAGUAAGAACCAAAAGAACAUCCAGGCCAUACGCGCGGCUGGUGCUGUGCCAAUACUCGCUUCCUUAUUGGUCAGGGGAAGGGAUGACGUCAUAUUACCCGCCAUGGGAAUUAUUCAGGAAUGCGCGAGCGAGCCCGCGUUUCGUGAGGAUAUCCGAAGGGAGGGGAUGGUGGAGGGAAUUGUCAAGCACCUGAAGAGAGGAGAUGUGGCCCUCAAGACACAGUGUGCGAAUGCUCUGUUCAAGUGUGCUGAGGAUGACUCUACACGUGAAUUGAUUUUCCGCUUCGGUGGCCUGGAACUACUUGUUCAAAUGCUGACGUCCAGGUCCUCAGAGGACAACCAACUCCUAGCGGCCACAGUUGGUGCUUUAUGGAAAUGCGCCUUAAACAAAAACAACGUAAGAAGGCUUGAGCAGUUUGGUGCAGUUAAAGCUUUGAUCUUACUAUUGAAGAACCCAGAACAGUCAAACGAGGUUCUAGCCAAUACUCUUGGUGCUAUUCACGAGUUUGCUUACAGUAAAAGAACCCUUUUGACUCUUAAGGAUGACAGAGUGAUUCCUAUUGUAGUGCGCGCGCUGAGCAUCACGGAAAGUGCUGUGCUUGUCAACGCGACUAGGCUCCUCGCGGUCUGUGCCAAGGAGGGCUCGUGCAGGGGCACUAUUCUUCAUACAGACGGAUUAAGGUUGCUCUGGUCUUUGUUGAAGUUUCCUGAUCCAAAGGUUGUAGCAGGCGCUGCAGAUGCCAUCAGUGCAUGUGUGGUGGAUGAAGAGGAGUCAGCUGACAUGGUGCGCUCAUUUGUCGGAGGUCUACAGCUCAUUACCAAUCUCCUACGGUCGGAUGACAAGCAGGUGCUGAUUAGCGUAAACAGAGCAAUAAUCAACAUUGGUAAAGACAGAGAAAAUCUUUCCAUUCUCACAGAUUAUGAAGUGGUUCCGCUUAUUGUACAACUUGUGAACACAGAAGAUGAAGAGUUAAAGCGAUGGGUGGCUGAAGCAAUUGCAACGUGCAGCGGAUUAGACAAGAACGUGAAGUCCUUCUCAUCAGCGGUCGUUCCUCUGGCUGACAGCCUCAAACGCUCUUCUGACGUGGCAGUAAAACGAGCGAUCGCAUGCGCACUGGAAAGACUGUCACGUGACCCGUACAACUGCUUUUUGAUUCAUCAACACGACGCGCUUAAGACCUUACUCACAUUAACAGGCUCAGAAGAUGAACGAGUACAAGAGGCAGCGGCAGGCUGUAUAAAGAACAUGCGCGUGAAUACCAUGAACAUGCUUUCAAGAUGAUAUUAAUUAAUUAAUUAAUUAAUUAAUUAACAUCCUAUUGCCAUGCUUUCUCCGGUAGCGUACUUUUAUACUUCACUAUACAAACGCUAGCAUAACCCACAAUCGUCCACUUUGCACCGAUGAAACCAACGUGGGCAUUUAACAGGCCAAUCUGUCAAGUAAUUUCUCUAACUCUCACCUUUCCCCCUACGAAAUGGCGGGAAAAAUACGGACUAUGAAGUAGUUUAGUCUUUUGUUAGCCGGGAAUACAACGCGAUCGUUAGAUUAUGUAUGACCCUGAAAAUGCUGAUACAAACAACCUAAGUUGUCAUGAAGAGAACAUUAUAGGUGAAUAUUUAUGAAACUGGAUAAGAGUUCGGAUUGUAAUAAAAUACGGGAAAAGGAAAAAAAAAACACGAGACAUUUCUCCAAAAUACGAGACAUUUCUCCAUGUCUAUGAUAAUAUCAGAUCCACAGAUGUUCCCACACAGUAGCAAAACCAAAUUGAAAAGAAUUGCCGUUAUUAUGUCCCGAGUGCUUAGCCCUCCCCACAUACAAUCAUUGGUACAGUGGUAUUUUCCGAGAAGUGUUUAUCAGUUCUGAAAUGGCAAGAAAUGUUUCUUAAAAUGCCACUUAUGAGAUUUACCAAUUCACACUACAAAGGUGAAAGUUGAAGCAUCAGAAUCCUGUAGCCUAUGGACGUCCGGCAAUCACUGGGGUCAAUUUUGAGAUAAGUUUCUUUUCUGUGUUCGCCCCUUUGGGAAACUAAAUAAUCAUUGUCUACUCUGGUCUCCGAUUCAUAGCCUCGUCCAUCACUUCCCCCACCCCUUCACACCCCCCCAACCGCUUCAUUCCCCCUUUCCUUGAGAGUCCAGCAACGAACAUAUAUUAGGAAAUGCUGCGAACAACAUGAAACCUAACUUGCACAGCGCAUUCCUUUUUGAAAUGUUUUGUGUAAACAUAUCAUUUGAUUUGCGCCUCUAAUUCAGAUAAUCGCGCAAGCUUCCUGUGUCGCUUUCGCAUGGCAGAGUGCUCAGACUCCGUAAGCACUGUCAUUCUAAAGCGAGUAAUGUUUCUGUAAUCAUAUUUACGCGAAUCAAGCACAAUUGAAGUUUAUUGACAAAUCUAACCGCUCUUGAAUGUGACCACAAUUCAAUUUUAUCGAUAUCUUUUAUUGAAAAAAUAUCUCUGAUGAUAUCAACAUAUCGUUGAUAUUGAAUAACAAAAAUCCAUGCUGUGUAGUGUCUCAUUUGUUCACCAAGAAAUAUUAACUUAGAACUAAACGUAGACAAAAUAAACUAUCAAGACAGGUUGAUAUAUUAGACACAAUUAUCAUGCAGAAGUAGUCAGAAAGUUGUUGCGGAGGAAAGAAACUUGAACAAAAAACACUAUCAAGACAGUUUAUCAAACUGUCUUGAUAGUUAAAAGGUUGUUAUGGAGGAAAGAAACUUAGACUAAAUAAGCUAUCAAUACAGUUCGGUAAAUAGAACGAAUAAUCAUGCAGAAACUAGUUAAAAGGUUGUUACAGAGGAAAGAAACUUAGACAGAAAACAACAUCGAGAUAUAGUUUGGUCAGUUUAACAGAACAAUCAUGAAUGAACAGAUUUUUCUUGCAGGAGUAGUUAAAAGGUUGUUACGCAGGAAAGAAACUUAGACAGAAAACACUAUCCAGAUACAGUUUGGUAAGUUUAACUGAAUAAUCAUGAAUGAACAGAAUUAUCUUGCAGAAGUAGCUAAAAGGUUGUUACAGAGGAAGAAACUUAGACAAAAAAACCGUGUCAAGACAGUUUGGUAAAUUUAACAGAAUAAUCAUGCAGAGGUUAGUUAAAAGCUAAAGGUUGUUACGGAAUAAAGAAACGUCGGUAAAAAACAUUUUCCAGAACGUAAAAACUUCAGUGCAAACGACCUAUUGCUGAAUUUGAUAGCAUCUCUCAGUGUCCCAGAGGAGGGACUCUGAGGCGUAGGAACUCUCUGAAAUGCUUCCCUAUCAGUCUAGUUCAAAGUUCUUUCGCUUAUUACAACUGGACACAAAACUCUUUUAGAGCCCUUGGAAACGCAGUGGAAGUGACUGGGGGUCGCAAAGGGCUUUAGAUUAGGGACUAGGGGAUAUCGGGGAAAGGGUUCAAUGGGGGAUUGUGUGAGGGGUAAUGCUAAAACCUGCUCACUCCGAGUCUCUCCUCUGCUCUCCAAAGGCCAAAAGAGUUUUGUGAUAGUCGU